AACUCUUCUCAUCAAAGCAAUAGCAUUUGCAAACACAAAAACUCUCUCAUUGUGCAUUCUAAAAAUACUAUAUCCACUUCUGUUUGACAUAUCAAGUAGAAAAGAAAGAUGAGUGUAGAAAUUUUGGAUGGUGCCACCAUUGUCCACUUCCUUGAAGAUGAAGAAGCAUUUAAUAGCUCCAUAGGAAAUCGGUUCGCUCGACUGGACACAAACAAUGAUGGUCUUCUCUCUUAUGAAGAGAUGUUGAAGGAGCUUCAGGGGCUCAGGGUUUUCGAAACACACUUUGGUAUUGACGUGGAGUCAGACCCAAAUGAGCUUGCUCGUGUUUAUCAAUCCUUGUUUGUUCAAUUCGAUCACAACCUGAAUGGCGCAGUUGAUCUAGAAGAAUUCAAGAAGGAAACCAGGCAGAUGAUGCUUGCAGUGGCGGAUGGAAUGGGUUUCUUGCCAAUUCAAAUGGUCUUGGAAGAAGAUAGCAUCUUGAAAUUAGCUGUUGAAAGAGAGUACAAUAAUAUGGCAGCUUAAGUGCUACUCUGAAAUGAUCAUGCUUAAAAGAUUUAACUAUUUUGAGUUUUGAAGUAUUUUAACAUUUUGUUUGUUGUUAUCACUGUUAACAUUAAAACACCUUAAACUGUUUUGUUAUGAAUACCAAAUGUAUGCAUGAAAUGAAAUAAACAAUUGAGCUUUUACAUUACUGUCAGAAAA